AUGCGCCUAGAAGAAGAAAAAAAUACACUUGAUGAGGAGGACAGCGAGGAGGAUGACGAUUGGAUGGAAGAUUGGAUGGCUGAGUCAGCGUCUACAACGCCCUCCCAAUUAGGUCCUUCUGAUGAGGAGGAGGAGAUUGACGAGCUUUGGUGGUGGAGGAUAGAGAAUGAGCCAGAGGAGGAAGAGUAUAUGGACAGCUCUGACUAUGAAAGCGGGGUGGACAUGGCAUUCGAGGAAGAGGAGACAGAGGAGGAGGAGACAGAUGAGGAUGAGGAGACAGAGGACGACGACGAGGAGGAGAAGGAGAAGGAGGAGGAGAAGUACGACCUGAAGGAGGAUGUCGAGGAGGAUAAGGUUUUUGUGUAA